AUGACUCCUUCCCUAUCAACUCUGCUGUGCCUCGCUAAUGAUGCUGGAACCUACCAGUGCCAGUACAGACAUUCAUCCUACAGGUGGUCAGAGCGCAGCGACCCCCUGCAGCUGGUGGUCACAGGCCUCUCUGCCCCGCCCUCCCUGGCAGCCCUUCCCAGCUCUGAGGUGGCCUCAGGACAGAGGGUGACCCUGCAGUGUCGGUCAGAGCGAUGGUAUGACUGGUGUGUCCUGUGCAAGGAUGGAGAAGAGAUCAGCUGCCGCAGGACCCGGAGCCAUGGAAGGGGGCGUCAGGCUGACUUCUUCUUCCCUGCUUCAGUGGUCCUCCCCCAGCGCCCCCCUGCUGCUCCGGGUUUCAGGACUUUCUCUCCAAGCCCUGAAUCUAAGAACAGGCCCUCAGAUGCUGCUGCCCAGGAUUACACUGUGGGCAACCUGGUCCGCCUCACCUUGGCUGGGCUGGUCCUUAUCCUCCUGGGGGUCCUGCUGGCUGAGCACUGGAAGAGCUCCAGAGAACAACCCAUCCCGAGAGUCCUUGGCUGAGCCCUCUGGCCAGAGCAGCCCCCAACCUAGAGAGAGAGGAAGGAAGGAAAGAACAAAACCAUCUAAAACCAUUUACAAAUGCAGUGAGGGCUGCCUCUGUGCUGGGUCUCUAUUAAGCACCAAAUACAGUCAUUAAAAGGGUCGGAGACACAGACCGAGACCGAAAGAUGAGGGAGAAUUUGCUGCUUCCAGAACAGCCUAAGCAGAGGAGGGUCUUUUCCUCUGUGGAAGGAAACCCUUGACAGAAGCCCAGGGCAGGGAAGGGGGGAAGAUGGUGUGAAGAACCCACAAAGAUGCCUCUUAUUGGAAAUAACCCUGAGGCUUCCUCUGCUUGCAGGGCUGAGAGUUGUUCAUCUAUUUGCAAAGUCACUGAUGAGAAUCAAGGAAUUCCCAAUACAAGAGAUUAUCCAAAGUAACAACAUCUGUUUCCACGUAGACAAUACAGGAUUCUGGGAAAGGAUGUUCAGACCUAAUUUGGCUGAUUCUAAACAUGAAGCACAAAAUGUAAACCUUUUUCCUGCAAGUUGUGACGUUGUACAUGUUCCAUCCGUCUUCCUUGUACUGUAAGCUGCCUCUCAGACCCCUCUCCAAGCUGUCACAGGCGUGUGAGAACUGCUUGUAUGUGGCCUCUGGAAAGCUGGGAGAGAAGCAGCAGCCUGCUUACCCCGAUGGUGGCUGAGAGGAUGUGAGCAUUCGUAGAAAGAGUUACAAUAACUUUGUUUCUUUAUACUUUGGCACUUCAUGCCUUGAUCCUUCAGCCCCAGAUAAAUUAAAGGUUUCAGCCAAUACCAAUCUUGUGAAUUAUUGAAAUCAGCCAUAACAAGAAAUUCCUUUUGCCUCCAUAUCUUCUUUCACUGUCCCUCAACAAUUGUUUUGGGGAUCAGCUUUGACCAUAUUUUCAUAAUCUUCAACAUAUAUUAUUUCUGAACUCUGCGCAAUUAAAGGCUUCCUGGCCUCCAAAAAGUUU